AUGGGGUACGUCGCUUAUAAUAAAGUCUUCUCUGAGGAGCAAGAACAUCAGCUGUCAAGAUAUUUAAAACGUUGCGCAGAAAUUUAUUUUGGCCUUUCUCGAAAAGAGGUACGGAAAUUAGCUUUUGAGCUUACCAUAAAAUACAAUCUAAAGCGACCUGUUACUUGGGCUGAGAAUGAAAUGGCUGGUGAAGAAUGGUUUGGUUCAUUUAUGAUAGAUAGAAAUCCAUCACUCUCUGUUCGCGUAGCUCAAGCUACUAGCCUUUCAAGAGCGACAAGCUUUAACAAAACUAACGUCAAAGCUUUUUAUGACAAUUUACAAAUUGUUAUGGAUAGACAUACUUAUGAGCCCCAAGAUAUAUACAAUGUUGACGAAACAGGUGCCACAACCGUCCAAAAACCUGAUAAAGUAGUAGCAAGACGUGGCAUACGGCAAGUGGGAGCUGUUACUUCAGCCGAACGAGGCACAUUAGUCACGGUCGCUUUUGCAGUAAAUGCCUUGGGCAAUACUAUCCCUCCUUUAUUAAUAUUUCCACGUGUUCGUUAUCACGAUCAUUUUAUUAGGGACGGACCAGUAGGAUCGAUUGUGACAGCAAAUCCUUCUGGCUGGAUGCAAGAUGCAUCGUUCCUAGUGUUUCUCGAACAUUUUAAGAAGUUUCCUAAUGCUUCCCCAGCGCAUAAAGUCUUGCUAGUGCUGGAUAAUCAUUCCUCGCAUAUCCAUAUUAACACGUUGGAUUUUUGUAAAGAAAAGGGAAUCACUUUGCUUUCAUUUCCUCCACACUGCUCGCAUAAACUGCAGCCCUUAGAUCGAUCUGUCUUUGGACCCUUCAAAAAAGCAAUAAAUACUGCUUGCGAUGGAUGGAUGCGGAGUCACCCUGCAAAAACUAUGACGAUUUACGAUAAACCAGGCGUUAUCAAAACUGCUAUGCAUCUGGCUUUCACACAAGCGAACAUUCAAGCUGGUUUUUGCAAAACUGGUAUUUAUCCGUAUAAUCGUAAUCUGUUCCAAGAAAUCGACUGUGCACCAUCUUUUGUAACGGACAGAACAAACCCUGAAACUGAAAAGAAUAGUCCCGCAGCACCAUCUCUUGUACCGGACAGAGCAAACUCUGACAUUGGAGAGACUAAUUCUGCAGAAUCAUCUUUUGUAACGAACAGAACAAAUUUUGACACUGAAGAAAACAAUUCUGCAGCUAACAAUGAAAUACCAUCGACACAAGAAUUUGAUUUUUUAGCUUCCUUUCAAACACACGGACCAAACCCAGACGAUGGUAAGAAAAAUCCUGGAUCGAUCGAUGAAAUACCGCAACAUUCAGCUUCUUUAUUGGGUGAAUCUUCAACUUCAAAUCAAAGCAAUUUUCAACCAACUGCGUCAUCCUCAACCACGCCACCUGUUUUUUCGCCUGAAAUUAUUCGGCCUUUUCCAAAGGCUCUCCAAAGAAAAACAAAAAGUUCCAGAACCAAAAAAUCGACCAUAUAUACAGACACGCCUGAAAACGAGACGGUUAGGCAAGAAUAUGAAGAAAAAAGGUCAUAA